ACAAAAAUCUGAGGGCCGAGGCACUCACAACAUAGCAAGGGCUUCUUCGUUGACAAAAAACUCACCCAUGUGCAUCACAGCGCCCAACGCUGUCAAAAAGGCCAAAACGUUAGACAUACAAAGCCUUUCCAGGACUACUACUCCACUCCUUCACUAGUCUCCAUCUCCCAACUCGGUCAUAAAGAACACAAAAAUGGAAGCAGAGAAUCAGUAUAAGAAAGGGCUGUGGACAGAGGAGGAGGACCGGAUUCUGCUAGAAUACAUAAGGGUCCACGGGAGAGGAAAGUGGAACCGCAUCCCUAAGGUGACAGGCUUAAAGAGGUGUGGGAAGAGCUGUAGGUUAAGGUGGCUCAAUUAUCUGAGCCCCACUGUGAAACGCGGCGGUUUCUCUGAGGAAGAAGAAGAUCUCAUUAUCAGACUCCAUAAUCUCCUUGGAAACAGGUGGUCACUGAUCGCGGGGAGGGUGCCGGGAAGAACUGACAACCAAGUAAAGAACCACUGGAACACUCAUUUGCGUAAGAAGCUUGGCAUCAAAAAGCAAAAUAGAAAACUUCUGGGUGCGUCCAAAGAACACUCUGCUCAGAUGGAAGAAAGAAACAAACUCUGUUCUGAUCAUUCGCAAUAUUCUAAGCUUUCUCACAGGACUGACUCCGCCAAAUUGAUGCAAGGAAGGACAAAUGAGAGCGCUUUGAGUGCCGGUGAGGCAUCUAAUGGAGAAUCACAGUGGAUGAGCAGCCAUUUUGCAGAAUCUUCGCCUUUGAUUUCGGUUGAUCAUCCGAUUCUGGACAGUCCAGGCUUCAUAGAACUUAUAGAUGGGUAUCCUUUUGACCUAGGGUGGCAAAGCCUCUAAUUUUUAUUUUUUAUUUUUCCUCUUUUAUUGGUUAAUCAGUAA